CGACAUGUUAGAUGGCAUUAUGUUUGGCGCCGAUGGAGGGAGUCACUCCUGAGAUCUUUGGUCAAUCAGACGGCAGAAUUUCCGGUCGGCAUUUUGUUCUACGAGAGGGGAGCCUCUUGAUGAACGCAACAAUCGUCAUAUUUCGCGUUUUUAGUCGAAAAGAGCUGCACUUCUUGGCAAUGUCGACACAGACAGACAGACAGAAACUCCUAAGAACGAAUGUUUUCCCAUUUGUUGCUCGUCAAAACAUUCACCCUUGAGUGUCGGUAGAAGAAGGAAUCAGUCCGACCCGGAUUAUUGUUGAUAGCUAGCAGACGAGCUUAGCAGCUAGCUGGCAGAGCCAGUCGAGUUCCUGCUGGAGGAGCUGCGAGAGAGAAGAAAGGGGGAGCUAGAGAUACAGACGCGGACACAAACCAAACUAAAACAUCCCCCUCCCUUGAACGCAACAUCCGAAGAUUAGAGUAGGAUUUUGAUUAUCUGAAAUGUCCUAACGCGACUGCAAAGAUUUCUCCGAAAAGGUGUCAGGAGAUGUGAGGACAGGUGCUGUCCAUCAACCCCCUGAUCUACCUGUGCAUCAACACACUCACCCACCCUCACCUUCAGCAUGAAUGGGGAUAUGCCUCAUGUUCCCAUUACCACUCUUGCUGGGAUAGCUAGCUUAACAGACUUGUUGAACCAGCUACCCUUACCCUCCCCUCUCCCUGCCACCGCCACCAAGAGCCUCCUAUACAAUGGGAGGAUCGCGGAGGAGGUCACCUGUCUGCUGGGAUGCCGGGAUGAGACUCUGGCCACUCAGCUAGCCCAUAGCCUCAACCAGGUCUCCACUGAGCAUAUAGAGCUAAAAGACAACCUGGGUAGUGAUGAGCCAGAGGGCGAUGCACCACUGUUGCUGCAGACAAUGCUGGCCAGGAACCCUGGCAUCUUCAGGGAGAAAAAUGUUAUGCAGCAACAAAUGGUACCACCAUUCAAAAUCACCCAGAAUUCCAUGCACAGUCCCACUCAGUCAACAAACUUCCAACCUUCAAUUUCUUCGAGUCCAUCAAGUCGGUUUGUGGCCCCCCCGACUGGGUCCAGUAGUCGAUACAUGGGCCAGCAGAACAGUCCAGUACCCAGUCCCUACACUCCCCAAAGCCCUGCCACGGGUUACAUCCAACAGUAUCCUCACCAACAACCUCCUUGUUAUAACCAACACCAACAGAUACAACCAGUGGCUGUAUCCAGUCCCAUGGUUCCAGGCGGCAUAAGAAAUAUCCAUGAGGUCAAAGCAACAGGGCAAUUGGCCAACGCUGCAAACCACCAUUCAGACAGACACGGCACUGAAGACUACCUUAAUAUUGUACAACGACUGGGCAGUGAGGAGGGUGACUCUACCAUGAGGAAUCCUUCUUUUCCUCUGAGAUCUCUGCAGUCUGGUUGCUCCCCAGCAGGAAGUGAAGGAACUCCCAAAGCCGGUUCACGUCCUCCACUGAUUCUGCAGUCACCUCCUCCUUAUGCAGCCUCACCAAGGGAGGGAGCACCUGACCUGAAACAGCAUAUGCAUCAAAGGAUGAUGACCGAAGUAAAAGAGGAGAAGGACAUGUACGACAUUGUCUGCUCUCCAAACAAGGACUCAAGAAAACUCACUCUCAAACUGUCCAGGGUCAAAUCAAACGAGUCGGAUCCCCCUAGUGACAAUGCAUCAGGCAUGGACCAGAACUUCGACAGCAUGGAAACAGAGGUGGGCUACCAGCAGGUCCCUGUCCUCCAGCAAAAUGUAGCAGCACGGCUGCAACAACCGCCACUCGCUCACCAAGCAGGCAGUGGAGGUGGGCUUCAACCACCGAGUUCGCCGUACGAUGAAGCAGAGCUUGACACCCUCGCUGAAAUUGAGAGGAUUGAACGAGAAGCGGCUAGUGAAAAGUGCUCCAAGGAAGUCCAGGAUAAAGACAAGCCACUGAAAAAAAGAAAACAGGACUCCUUUCCUUUGGAGUCUGGAGCUGGGGGACCAGGUGGCCCUACAGGUGCACCAGGAAGUGGAGCAACAGGCGGGGGCAAUGAUUGCAAACUAACGCCGAAAGAGGCCACUGCAGCUGGGAAUGGUGCCAGGCGACCGCCCCUUAUGGUGAGCAUCGACCUCCAGCAGGCAGGCCGAACUGAUGGCCAGCUCGACCCCUGUCUGGUGGCCCCUAUUCCAGCCCUUAAAGCCCAACGCUGGCCUGAAGAACCAGCGAGUGGGUCGGCUGCUCUCGAGGGCUCUGACACAGCUUUGCAGUAUAAAUCUGAUGGGUGACCUGAAGUCAUCAAAAAUAGGGUUGAGAAACAUGACAGUAGGAGAGUUGGACGGGAGUCAUCAAAGCACCGGUAUGAUUAUAGAUCCUCAGACAGAGGGGGAGAAAUGCUGAAGUCAUCAAACCGUCAAGAACAUGGACCAGACAGAGACAGGGUACGAGAAUCUGAUAGGGAAAUAAAGCAUCGGGGUGAGAAUGGAAGUCAAGACAGAACUGACAGAGCUAGGUUGGGUUUCAGGGAUUCCUCCUCUGGAGAACCUGGUCGGAGCAACAAUAGGCAAGAUGGCUCCAAAGCGGCUUCAUCUACUACUGGUGCUCAACUUCCAGAUUCAUUUCCUGCUCACCUCCUGGGAGGGCAUAGUGGCACUCUGAAGAACUUCCAGAUCCCUAAGAUCAAACAAGACAGUGGGACAAGUGAGAGUCAGCCAUGGUGUCAGCCCAAAGUCAAACUGGAGAGGUUGGGUUUGGUGAAGGACUUUGAGAAGAGGCCUAAACCUGUAGUGGUUCUGAAAAAGCUUUCAGUUGACCAAAUUCAGCGGCUCAUCCAACACAGCAGGUCUGGGAAGAACAGGGUCUCCUCAGGAAAGUCCAGCAAAAGUGGUAUGGACCCAGCAGUUCUAAAUGAAUUACCUCCAGAGCUCCUGGCAGAGAUCGAGUCAACAAUGCCACUGUGUGAAAGAGUGAAGAUGAACAAGAGGAAACGAAGCACUGUUAAUGAAAAACCCAAAUAUGCUGAGGUCAGCUCAGAUGAAGAACGCAACGCUAACGGAGAAUCUGCAAGAAAGCGACAACGCCGAGACAAAGAUCGUUCUUGGGAGUUUGAAGAACGGGAGCGACGAGGUUCAGGGGAACAUCGAAAUAGUGGUCAACGGGAUGGGCGACGAGGCUCUGGCAGUCGCUACAGAGAUUCAUCAGAAGAAGAUUCACCGCCUCCAAGCAUGAGUGAAGUUGCCAGAAAAAUUAAGAUGAAGGAGAAGCAGAAGAAAAGGAAAGCAUAUGAGCCAAAGUUGACCCAGGAAGAGUUGAUUGACUCGUCCACGUUCAAAAGAUUCUUGACAAGCAUCGACAACAUACUGGAGAAUCUAGAGGAUGUGGACUUUACUGCCAUGGCAGGUGAUGAUGAUGAGAUACCUCAGGAACUUCUGCUUGGGAAAAACCAGUUAAAUGAACUUAGCAGUGAGUCUGCCAAGAUUAAAGCCAUGGGCAUUUCUAACAGGAUUCCAUCUGAUAAGCUUGUCAAGCUGUUAAACAUACUGGAGAAGAAUAUCCAGGAUGGGGCCAAACUUUCCACCUUGAUGAAUCAUGACCACGAUGCCGAGGAUGAGGAGAGACUCUGGAGAGACCUGAUAAUGGAGAGAGUGACAAAGUCGGCGGAUGCCUGUCUGACAGCCCUCAACAUCAUGACCUCAGGGCAUAUGCCCAAGGCUGUCUACAUAGAGGAUGUCAUAGAGCGUGUGCUGCAAUACACCAAGUUCCAUCUCCAGAACAGCUUGUAUCCACAGUAUGACCCAGUCUACAGAGUGGACCCUCAUGGAGGUGGCUUGUUGAGCUCCAAGGCAAAGCGUGCUAAAUGCGCCACACACAAGCAGCGUGUCAUUGUCAUGUUGUACAACAAAGUUUGCGACAUUGUCAGCAACAUUUCGGAGCUCUUAGAGAUCCAGCUACUCACUGACACCACCAUCCUCCAGGUUUCUUCGAUGGGAAUCACUCCUUUCUUUGUGGAGAAUGUCAGUGAACUGCAGCUGUGUGCAAUUAAACUAGUGACAGCAGUGUUCUCACGUUAUGAGAAGCACCGGCAACUUAUCUUGGAGGAGAUUUUUACAUCUUUGGCGAGACUGCCCACCAGCAAACGCUCCCUCAGGAAUUUCAGGUUGAACAGUUCUGACCAAGACGGUGAGCCAAUGUACAUCCAGAUGGUGACGGCUUUGGUGCUGCAACUCAUCCAGUGUGUAGUCCACCUUCCCAGUGAUAAGGAAACAUUUGAAGAAAACGACACAAAGGUUGAUCAAGAUGUGUUAAUAACAAACUCGUAUGAGACUGCAAUGAGAACAGCACAAAACUUCCUUUCAGUCUUCCUGAAGAAGUGUGGCAGUAAGCAGGCAGAAGAAGACUACCGGCCGUUGUUUGAGAACUUUGUCCAGGACCUACUCUCCACAGUAAAUAAACCGGAGUGGCCUGCAGCAGAGCUGCUGCUCAGUCUGCUUGGUAGACUGCUGGUUCAUCAGUUCAGCAACAAACAGACAGAGAUGGCGCUGAGAGUAGCAUCUUUAGACUACCUGGGAACAGUGGCUGCUCGUCUGAGGAAGGAUGCAGUCACCAGUAGGAUGGACCAGCGAUCAAUUGAUCGCAUAUUACAAGAGUCGUCUGGUAACAAUGAGACCCAGCAAUUGCAGAAGGCUCUGCAGGACUACUUGGAGGAAAAUGCUGAGACAGAUGCUUCUUUAGUGUUUGCAAGAAAGUUCUACAUUGCCCAGUGGUUUCGAGAUGCCACCACAGAGGCAGAGAAAUCCAUGCGGAAUCAAAAUUCCAAGGAUGAAGACUCCUCUGAUGGACCCCAACAUGCCAAGGAGUUGGAGAGCACCAGUGAAAUUAUGCAGCGUGCUGAGAAGCGCAAGAAGUUCCUGCGCAACAUCAUUAAGACCACACCGUCUCAUUUCACGACACUGAAAAUGAACUCUGACACUGUGGACUAUCAGGACUCCUGUCUGAUUGUGCGUUAUUUGGCCUCCAUGAGGCCGUUCGCCCAGAGCUUUGAUAUUUAUUUAACACAGAUCUUGCGAGUCCUUGGUGAAAAUGCCAUUGCUGUAAGGACUAAAGCCAUGAAAUGUCUAUCAGAAGUGGUGGCUGUUGACCCCAGCAUACUGGCAAGAUCGGACAUGCAGCGUGGUGUCCAUGGUCGUUUGAUGGACAACUCCACCAGUGUUAGAGAGGCGGCUGUCGAGCUAUUAGGCAGAUUUGUCCUGAGUCGACCCCAACUUACUGAACAGUACUACGAUAUGCUUAUUGAGAGGAUUCUGGACACUGGUAUCAGUGUACGAAAACGAGUGAUCAAGAUCCUCAGAGACAUCUGUCUGGAGCAACCCACAUUCAGUAAGAUCACUGAGAUGUGUGUGAGGAUGAUCCGCAGGGUCAAUGACGAAGAAGGUAUCAAGAAACUGGUGAAUGAGACAUUCCAGAAGUUGUGGUUCACUCCAACUCCAGCCCAUGACAAAGAGACCAUGACGAGAAAAAUUCUGAACAUCACUGAUGUGGUGGCAGCGUGUCGAGACACUGGCUACGACUGGUUUGAGCAACUUCUCCAGAAUCUUCUCAAGUCUGAAGAGGAUGCAUCAUAUAAACCAGCCAAGAAGGCCUGUGUUCAACUAGUGGACAAUCUGGUAGAACAUAUCCUAAAAUAUGAGGAGUCACUCGCUGAGAACAAAGGUGUGAACUCAACACGGCUAGUAGCGUGCAUCACCACCUUGUACUUGUUCAGCAAAAUCAGGGCCCAGCUGAUGGUCAAACAUGCCAUGACCAUGCAACCCUACCUGACCACAAAGUGUAAUACUGCCAAUGACUUUAUGGUCAUCUGUAAUGUGGCAAAGAUCUUGGAACUGGUGGUCCCACUGAUGGAGCACCCCAGUGAAACAUUCCUUGCCACUAUUGAAGAAGAUCUAAUGAAGCUGAUCAUCAAAUACGGCAUGACUGUGGUACAGCACUGUGUUAGCUGCCUAGGCGCUGUUGUCAACAAAGUGACACACAACUACAAGUUUGUCUGGGCAUGCUUCAACAGAUUCUACGGUGCACUUAACAAACUUAAGAUUCAGCAUCAGGAGGAUUCCAGUAGUCCAACCUUGGUAGCAAACAAGCCUUUCCUGCUUCGGUCACUCUUCACUGUGGGUGCUCUGGCACGACACUUUGAUUUUGACCUGGAAGAAUUCAAAGGCUCAAACAAGGUUGUUAUCAAGGAGAAAGUUCUGGAGCUGCUGCUGUAUUUCACCAAACAUGCUGAUGAGGAGGUCAAGACCAAAGCUAUCAUUGGUCUUGGCUUCCUUGUGAUCAUGCAUCCCAGCCAGAUGUUUAUGCCUGAGGUGAAGACUUUGUACAAUGGUAUCCUGGCUGACGGCUCCUCCUCAAUCAACCUCAAAAUCCAAAUACUCAAAAACCUCCAGACGUACCUUCAAGAGGAAGACACACGGAUGCAGGAAGCGGACAGAGAAUGGAAGAAACUGUCAAACCAAGAGGAUCUUAAGGAGAUGGGGGACAUUUCAUCAGGGAUGAGCAGCUCCAUAAUGCAGCUUUAUUUAAAACAGGUUCUGGAAGCGUUCUUUCACACACAGUCCAGUGUGCGGCACUUUGCUCUUAACGUAAUAGCUCUCACGCUCAACCAGGGUCUCAUCCAUCCUGUACAGUGUGUACCCUACCUCAUUGCAAUGGGAACAGACCCAGAGCCAACUAUGAGGAACAAAGCUGACCAGCAGCUAGUGGAGAUUGACAAGAAGUACACAGGGUUCAUCCAUAUGAAGGCAGUCGCUGGGAUGAAAAUGUCGUACAAUUUACAGCAAGCCAUUGGUCUGUCUCGCACGACCAUCAUCAGAGGUUUCAGACAAGAUGAGACCCACUCGGCACUCUGUGCCCACCUCUUCACUAUGAUCCGGGGANCUAGUAAUCAUUUGAACUUUUUAACCAUUAAGAAUUGUAAUUAUGACACAAACCUUCCCUUUUUUCUCCAGAAAACAGAGGUGAAUAUGCUGCUGUUUAUAGCAGACAAUUUGGCUUGUUUCCCAUACCAGAGCCAAGAGGAGCCUCUCUUCAUCAUGCACCACAUUGACAUCAGCCUGUCAGUUUCUGGUAGCAACCUGUUGCAAACCUUUAGAGAGCUUUUGUUAAAAGAGCCGAAGAAAAGGGAGAAGAAGCUAAAGGGGGAAUGGAAGAGCACAUCAGAUGGGGAGGACGAAGAGGAGAAGAUGAACUGUGACUCCCCCAGAAGCGGUGAUGAAGAAUACAGCAACAGAGGGGAAGAUAGAGAAAAUAAUGAUGAAAAUGUGGUACAGAGACCAAAAAAGUCCAAGAAACCUAUUGACAGUUCAGAGUCAGAAUCUGAUCUGGAUGAUCUGAAUGUUGAUGAUGUGGAAAAGGUGAUGAGGCUCCUUCCAGAAUAUCCUACAGGUCUCUUGGACUUUGCUAAUGCUGUGCAGGGCAUUCUGUUGUUGCUGGUGCUGAAGCAGCACCUCAAAAACCAAUAUGGAUUCUCAGACAGUAAAAUUCAGAAGUACUCGCCAACAGAGUCAGCCAAAGUGUACGAUAAAGGAGUGAACAGAAAAAGCAACGUUCUCUUCCACCCAAGACGAACCAUCGACUUCAUCUGCAACAACAUGAGCAACGCCACAUUGACAGAGGAUAUCAAGAAGCGGAUAGUCAGACAGUAUCUGGAUUUUAAGGUUCUGAUGGAACAUCUUGACCCAGACGAGGAGGACGAGGAAGGCGAAGCGUCUGCCAGCGCAAACAUCAGAAACAAAGCCAUAAAUGCCCUACUGGGAGGAUCAGGCCCCAUGUCAGGUCCCAGUCCCCGCAAUCAAGCAGGACCAGAGACGGACGAUGAUGACAGUGAUGGAGAUGAUAGAACUCCAGGGUCCUCACGAAAGUCAAGGCGAGCUGGCGACUCCUCGGAUCCCGGCCAUAUGAGUGAAACGGUAGACUCCAUGGAUGUAAUUGCUCUUUGUUGCCCUAAAUAUAAGGACCGGCCACAAAUAGCUCGGGUCAUCAAUAAGACUCCCAAUGGUUAUAGCAUCCACUGGAUGGCUGGCUCCUACUCAGGCCCAUGGACAGAAGCCAAGAAACGCGAUGGCCGUAAACUGGUGCCUUGGGUGGACACUAUUAAGGAGUCGGACAUCAUUUACAAGAAGAUUGCCUUAACCAGUAACCAAAAACUGAGCAACAAAGUAGUACAGACUUUACGCUCACUGUAUGCAGCGCGGGAAGGAGGGGCUAGCUAAUGGCUCCAGAGUUUCUCUUUUUUUUUUUUUUUUAAGUCCUGUUCCAAUUUCUAUUUUAUCAGAAUCAUCCUUUUCCCUUGCUCCUACUCCUCCUCAACCUUCCACAGCCAAACUUCACUGGAUUCCCACCCUCUGCUCCUCCCUCAUUUUUGUAGGAAAAGAGCAAGAAUACUUGACACUACAUACUAUUACAUGAGCUAUUCUUGCAAAAGAAAUGACACAAAACUUAUGAGGGACUGCUCAUGUUUUGUUUGUGUAUAAGUUCAGAGGAUAGAAUCCUCUGAUAGAAAGAGACCUGGAGGGAAAUGUUUUGUCAACAUUGUUGUGGGAGCUCCUUCGCUGUUGUGCAGCAGAUUCUAGACGCUCAUUUCUACUCCCACUGUAUAAUAGUUUAACACAACAAAAAACUAAAAUGUUUAUAUCUCUGAAGACAAAAAAAGCUG